CUUAUCGAAAUUACGUCACUUCCGUGUUUUCUUCACGAAAGUUGUCAUGAAAGAGAAGGUUAGGGAAGCGAACAAGAGUGUCUCUUCUUGAUGAGGAAUCUUGCAUCUGUUGGGCAAUUCUGAAGAGUAAUUUACCAUUGGAAUAUAAAAACAUAAUAUUCCAGUAUGUAUGGGCACUUCAAAGCAGAUCAGACCAGUGGAUCAAACUCUCCUCGUGGUGAAGCUCCAGUGUUGAAAUGUGAUGAGGCUGCUGCAGUGGCAAUCCUACAACAUCUCAACAAAGAAGAACUCCAGAAUCUUCUGGAGAAUGAUGACAAACUUCAGGACCUUAUUUCUGAUCUUCCUCAGGUGAGGAACAUCAAGACGGAGAGAGAGAUGUUGAUGGCCCAGAACAAAAGUGCCGCAGAUUACAACAUUUCUUUGAUGCCCAAAAUGGAGUCACAUAAGACAAAACUUGCUACCGACUACGAAGAUGCUAAUCGCCUCAAAACUGCUCUAGCUAUGGACAAGUCUAAACUAGAUGUUAUGCGGGGAGAACAGUCUUUAGACACUGUUAGUGUGUUAUUACAGACAGCUGCAGCAAAGACAGAGGAGGAGGCAGAGGAAAUAUCUGACCAAUUUUUCGACCGAAAAAUGGAUGUUGAGAUAUUCUUGGAGCAAUACUUAAGCAAAAGGACUCUUUCACAUCUGCAACUAGUGAAGUCGCAGAAGCUUACUGAACUCAUGCGUGCUCAACCCAGUCCAGCCACACACAGCAAUCAACAAUCAAGCUACACCUGGGGGGCUGGACCGCGUGGGGGUACCUACCCGGCCCCACCACCUGUAGCCCAGCCCAGUGGUGCACUGCCCUACCCUAGUGGACCUUCGUACCAAUCAGGCGGAUCUUUUCAAAUGCCCCAUAGUGGGUAUUACAAUCAUAGGUGAUUGGGAAAUACUCAUUAAAUAUUAACCUGUCUAAAUUAGACCUAUUUUAUUGUGAAUUGUUCAAUUGUGAUUAAUGGAAUAUGUUGGAAAUGACCUGUACUUUGUGCUUUGUGAAAAGUGAAUUAAAACUAGCAGGGACAUGAAUUAUUUUGUUCUAAUAUAUUUUAAUUGUGUGGUAAGUACUAUGUCUAGAAGUGUAUUUAUAUGCAAAGCUCUCUUGGAAGAACAACAUACAUUUUUACUUCACUCGUCAAAUUGAAUUUUGUCUUCAUUUCUUGAGAACAUUUUAAUGACUAGUGUGUUUCUUAAAAUAUUCUUUACAUAGCUUGAAUUGUCCAAAAUUAUUGAUAGCUUGUUAUUCAUUAAUGUAUCUAACUGAUAUUAGUUAAUCUACAAGAAAAGAGUUUCUGUUGAAGUAUCCUAACUUUACAAAACGGUAGAUGAACAACCAUUCUACAAAGUUUUAAAACCAUUUUAGGUCACUUGAGGUGAAGACUAGCCUCAAGUGACCCAUUCUAAUUGCCUUUUGUCCAUCGUCGGGUGUCUAUAAACUCUUUACAUUUUCUACUUCCUCUCAGUAACCUUUGACCCAAUUUCAAUGAAUUCGAAGGUCAAGAAGAAUGUGUAUUAUAUAGUCCCCAACCAUCCUGGGGGCUGAGAGCAGGGGUCGAAAGGGGUCAAAUUGAUUGAAAUUUCAAAAAUCUUCUUAAGACCCAGAUAUGGUAGAAUUCAAUACUCUUCAUAAAUGGAAGAGUUCGCAUGAACCUCUAGGAAAGGGGUAAAAUUUACUAUAGUUUAUAAAAUAAAGGGAAACCACAUAUUUGAGCAUUUUCGUUGAUUUUUGAUUGGAAAUGAUUCAAACUUGGUUUAUCAGUACAGGAUAUCAGUUUAAUGGUAUGUACAUAUUGGCUCUGGCUGACCCCAGGGGGCCGAUAGACAUGCAGGGCUAAAACCAAUCAACUUGACUGAAAAUGUAACUCAGGUGACCGUUAAGGCCCAUGGGCCUCUUGUUUUAUUAAUUUAUUGUGUUGAUAGUAUGUCAGAAAGGCCUAUCGUCACUGGUUCUGUUUUAAACAUGAGAAUUAUGAUAUUACAUUGACAGCUACAUUUAGUAUGAUGUCACAUGUCACAUUAUUUAUAUACGUAAUCCAGCAGAAUAUUUCCUAUAUCUCGUACCCAUGUGUGUAAGUUAAUGAUGUGAUGAUACUUUAAAUGCUAUUUUAAAACAUGUGAUUACCAUUAUAUUGUACAGAAAUUACUGAUACUGUCUUUAUAUUUUAUUUCUAGAAAUAUUUCUAAGAGAUUUUAGAAAUGUGUUCUGCAUAUAAGAUGAUUUUAGGUAUAUAACCAGUGGGAGUGAUCGUUAACAAAGCCAAUUAACUAUCAGUAGUGUGAAGCUUGUUGGAAACCAUUUUGUUCAGCAAUAUAAUAAAUUAGAAAUGAACAGAAAAAUUAAACCUACACAUCAGAGUGUACAGUCAAACUUCUAUGUAAGUGGACAUACAUGUAUAAUGUUUGGAGACUACUAUGUCGGAAGAUUUAGAAGUCUGGUCAACUAAUUUAGCCAAGUAUGUGGCGAUAAUGGUUCAGAGAGACUUUUUAGAUAUCCUAGAGCGACCACACUUUGAUCUGACCUUGUAACAGAUUUAGCCAAAAGGGCAACUGAUUUUGGACUGUUUUAUCACUGUUAAGCUGUCUACUGGCCAUUUUGGGUAGUAAAAUGGUAAAAGUUUACCCAGUUCUAGAUCUUUCAAUUUGUUGUUACUUGCCAAGCUAUAUUUCUAGGAGACAUCUUAAUAAUAAAUCAUUUUAAAAUGCCACAUUUCACCAAGUUUUCCUUCAUCAUUUCCAUCUAGGUUGAUAACAUACGGAGCCUUAGUAAUUAUAUAUAGGCUUGUCAUUAAAAUCAUGCAACACAAAAAACGUGCCAUCAUGAUAUCCAUGAAGUUUUAUAUUGAGGGAGACCCAUAAUACAAUAGUAUAUCUUGUUACUAAUAUUAUGCUAUGUAUAUAUUCUAAUAUUAUGCUAUGUAUAUAUUGGGGGUCAAAUUGUUCAUUAAAUUCUCUCAGAAUAAUCAAAA